AGAUGCAGGACAGAGGGUUGCCUCUGCCUGUGGACCUUGGGGAAAUGCGCAGCUCCUGUCCUAGCAGCACCUGUCUGUGGCCAGCAAGGAAAAACCAGACUCUCACAAUGAAACAUCUUCGUCCCCAGUUCCCUCUCAUCUUGGCCAUCUACUGCUUCUGCAUGCUACAGAUUCCCUCCACAGGAUUUCCUCAGUCUUUAGCUGAUCCUCCAGAUGGCUUGGAUAUUGUGCAGCUUGAGCAACUGGCAUAUUGUCUGAGUCAGUGGGCACCUCUUUCUCACCAAUCUAAGGAUAAUCAAGACAUAUACAAAAGGUUUUUGUUUCACUACUCCAGAACUCAGGAGGCAACACAUCCAGUUAAAACUGGGUUUCCUCCAGUGCAUCCUCUAAUGCACCUGGCUGCCAAGCUUGCCAACAGACGGAUGAAGAGAAUUCUGCAGCGAGGUUCAGGGACUGCUGCAGUGGACUUCACCAAGAAGGAUCACACUGCGACCUGGGGACGACCCUUUUUCCUUUUCAGGCCCAGGAAUGGAAGAAACAUUGAAGAUGAGGCCCAGUAGGUAGUCCAAGGAUUCAAUGGUGAAAGAAAGCUGGAUCUGAUUAGGCCAUCCAGGGAUUAUGUUGAACAAAUAUCAAAUUUCUUUCCAUGAACAAUAUUUAAAGAUAUUUCUCUUGCUCUAUAUUCACUAGAUAUUUAGCUUUAUAAAAAUAAAGUAGCA